AUGCUGCGGUGCGCUUGGACGUGGGCCGUCGUCCUGGGCGUGGCCCUGCUGCUGCUGCGUCACCGAAGGGGUCGCUGGGUCGAUCGUGACCGGUGGGUCACGGAAGAGUCCUUAGAGCGCCUGAUCAGUGACUACGCCCAGAUCUCUUCCACACACCUGAGCGGCACCGCCGCCGACACCGCCACCAGCGAAUGGCUCCGGCAAGAACUCGCGGCUGCGUCGGGGUUGGAGGUGAAGUUUCAGGAGUACACCUUGCCAGGGCCGCCUUUGUGGAUUCCGGAGGAUGAUGGGUCGCCUUCCUCCGGUUAUGGCUGCGACUUGGUGGCGCCUUCUGGACAAGCGAUCCCAUGCUAUGUGGUGCACCAGCCACCACGAGCAGCGGUGGCAUUGCAGGAGGUGCCUUUGAGCCAAAUCCUGCUGCUGCACGACCCCGACGUUUACAUCUUCUCCGCCGCGGACGUCUACCGGCCCUACUUGCGGCCGGAUGGGACGCUGCCCUACGCCGCAGUCAUCGUGGUCAACGCGCCGGCGGGACAAUCGGAAAGAGUCACUGAGCCUCGUCCAUUCGAUUGGAAUCAGAGGACUGCAACUCCUGCGCUCGUUCCGGUGGUCACAGUGAGCUACUUGUCCUCCCUGCUCCUCACGGGUGGCAACGUCUCCCUGCGCCUGCGGGGCCGCUGGGCGGCGCCCGCUCCGACGCGGAACGUCCUGGCCAUCGCCGCGCCGCCGAAAGGCUGCGGACCGGGCCCGUCGCAGCCCAUCUACCUGGGCACCCCAAUCAACGGCUUCUUCCGCGCCGCCGGCGAGCGCGGCGCCGGCAUCGCCCUCUUGCUGCAGCUGGCACAGCACUGGAACGAGAGGAUCGCGCCACGUGAGAGGUCCUCCAGGUGCCCUUGCUGGACGCCCAUCUUUGGCUUCACCUCUGGGCACGAGCAGUCGGACUCCGGCAUCGAAAGGAUGGUGAUUCCGUACUUGCAAGAGCUCGCAGCAGAUCUGCAUAUCCCUUUGAGUGAGAUACCCUUCAUCAGCAUCGGUGCAGGCCUCGCCAACUACGCCCACUUCGACGGCCUCAACUUCGCCGGCGCCGGGAGCGGCACCACGUCGAUCCGCGUGAGCUCCACACGACCGAAGCGCGCAGCUGGCGCGCAGCUCGUCACCGAGGUCCUUCGCGAACUAAGCAAGGACCAGCGGCUGAAUGACCUGGUUCAAGCAGAGCCAGGUACUUUGAGCCGUUGGACGGCCCAGGGCGCCAUCCUUCCUGCGCUGCACGCGGGGAUGCCGGCGUUGAACCUGGUGAGCGGAGGGCUUCGUGGGCGUUUUCAUCUUCCGAGCGAUGCGGAUGCCAGCUCGGUGAACCUCACCUCCUUAGCCACCUUCACCGACGCCUUUGCUGCGGCCCUCCACUGCGCCCUUCGCGGUGCGCGCGAAGAAGCGGAUCCAGGCGGCACCCUGCUGGAGCUGGUGGCAAGUGUCGUCCGGUAG